CUUUAUCACCAGUAAUUGCAGAUUUCACCUUGCGGAGACCCCGGGGGCUGACUGUACCUAUUCCCUCCAUUUUUAUCACCUCGAAACAAAUGUCUUGCUGAAGGUGUGUAUUCCCUUUCGCGGGCAACGGGCAGCGUGGUCCACUCCUUUCCUGGACCUUCCUUUGCUGAACGGAGACAAUGGGGGUUGCUGUAGAAGGUCACCCUGUCUCCCUGCCUGCUUGGCUAGACAUCGACAAGAUGUGGGGUCUCGUCCAGUUGCUCGUGGACUACCUUGCACCCAUAUUCCUAGUCUUGUCGCCCAUCACAUCCUAUGCCGAUCAAAUCGCGUCGAUACACCGGAAAAAGUCCUGCGAUGGCUUCUCCCUUGAUAUCCCCCUGAUCAUGCUGGUCGCAUCGAUUCUCAAGGUCUUCUACUGGUUCGGCGCCUACUACGAUAAAUCGCUGCUCAUCCAGGCUUCGCUCAUGAUAGUCGUGCAACUCAUCCUGUUGAAAGUCGCGCUGGACAACCGAGCACCAUCCGGUGGAAGUGAAAAAGGCGGAGUGCAGCAUACGCCAUUUCAAGGAUAUACUCAUAACAGCCCAGGACACAAAGGCAUGUUGUGGGAUUUUUUGAUGGAGGGCAGGAGACCCUUUGGAUUUUGGCAGUGGAAUGCGACAAAGCCGUACUUCGUCUUCCUCCUAUACUUCACCACCACCCUCCUCUUCGUCCAUAUUUUCCUCCCCUUUCUGUCGCGGACACCCUUCUACAUCACGUUUCUUGGCUACGUCGGACUCGCGAUCGAGGCAAUCCUGCCCCUGCCUCAGAUCCUCAAGAACCACCGUGCGCGGUCUUGCAGAGGGUUUCGCCUCUCCGUCAUCAUCAACUGGCUGGCGGGUGACGCCAUGAAAAUGAGUUAUUUCUUUCUCAGCAAGGAGUACGUCCCCUGGCCGUUCCGUCUUUGCGGCAUCUUCCAGGCGUGUUGCGAUGUGUAUUUGGGGUUGCAGUUUUGGAUGUACGGGCAGGGGCCGGCUGGCAUGAAAGAGGAGGUCCCGAUGGCGAACGUGGGAGCCGGCUCGAUGGGGAACGCUGGGUUCCCUGGGUGAACAGUCGCCCUGUGGAAAGAAAUGCCAAGGGAGACGAUGUCAUAAUGUGUUGAUUUGAAUACAAGCGAUUGUUAAUAGAGCCAUUCCUCCUUUGAGCGUGCUGAGGCGAGCAAAAGAUUUGUGAUGUCGGGACUUUGGCGUCGUUGAUAAGAACUAAAAUUAUAGACACUUGUUUGGGAAAAGGGUGGGGGUGCGAUGGCGUGAAUAACACCGAGAUACAUACCCAUGACAUCGGGGAGCAGGGUGACUAAACCCCUGGUUACCUAGGAUGGACGCAUCCUGCAGCAAGUCCUGGUAACUUAUGACGUCGCCCAAGCAAGAGAGGACAGGGGCAAGUCAGGGGACGGUGAGGCAUGUCAGGCCACAGAUCGCCAGGGAGAACGUAGCCUCGUCGACAGUGGGACAGCGAUACUCGAUGCGCGCUGGGACUUGGUUUGAUAAGAGUGGGGGAAUAUGCAAGCAGGGGAGGGGACGAGCAUGUCCCGGUCCCGGUGCUUUGGGAACCGCAUGGCUAGGAAGAUCAAGUGUUUCCAUGAGCCUCAACGUUCAGCCCUCUAUCUCAGCCUUAUGCCGGGGGUCGACGGUAACUCAUAGCCCCGUCAGCUAUCUGCAUCUAACCGGUAGGGACUGUCCUAAGCGAUAGAUGCUUAGUGAUUGGAUGUAAACACUCUCCUAUGA